AGGCGAGUGCAGAGCACCUUAGCAACUUAAAGCGCCCUAGACAACACACUAGUCAAUCCAUAUUCAUACAAGUAUUGUGGGCACUUCUUUGGAUUAUCAGUUAAAACAGGUGUUAUAAACAGAGAUUGACUCGGUAGGGGAGUUUUACAGCAAGAGAAAAUGACUACAGUAGCUUUUGGUGGUGGACCUAGUCUUGACCAAAGACGAAAUUUCGCUGCUUUGAGAGAUGGUACACACGUGCCAGGAUAUAGAGGAUACUGUCCACAGAUCAAAUACAGAGUUGGCAAAACCUAUGGAACCGAUACUCACGAACUGGCCGAUGGCACUAUUCAUGUUGCACCAACCAAUAACGUUGUUGCUCAUCCACAACAUAUUCCCAGGGUAACCACUCAGUUACCAGAAUCUACUGGUGACAAUAAAUAUACACAAAAUAUGGUGCCUGGCUACACAGGAUAUAUACCAAGGAUGCCAUUUAAAUUUGGAAAUACUUAUAAAGAAGACUGUGAUGUGUGUAUAGAUCAGCAUUUAACCAAUUAUAAAUAUCAUGAUGCAAAAUUAAAUGACUUACAAAAACAAGUCAGUGGUUAUCCACGACUAAGGGCUAUAUCUUUUGACCCAGAAGUACGAGACAAAUUAAAUAUGUACAGAGAUACGCACCCACAAAGAGAAAUAUUGUUAGAAAACAAAAGACCUUUAACAGAACCUCCUAUUCCUGGUUACCGUGGUUACAUACCUAGAAUCAAAACAACCGAGCAAGGUUUAGGAUGUAGAUACAACCAGACAACAAAGAAAGGUUUAGAAAUGUUUGCACAAGAAACAGCAAGACAUGCAAGAUUUGCAGGAUCAGAGAUCCCACAAGCUUUAAAAAGUGUACCAUCAGAAACAUUGGGAUUGACAGGACCACACCCACCAAUGGGUAGUGCUAGUGUAGACUUUGGUACAUCAACAUACAGAAGAUUAUAUCAAAACGAUGGCAUGAUUCCUAAAUAUACAGGAUAUAUACCACAUAAAAGAUAUGUGUUUGGAAACACUUACGGAGACACAACAAGGAAACUUUCAGUGUGUGGACACCAAAGUGAAAACUAUGGAACAUAUAUUCGCUCAAAAACAAUGGCAUAAAUAGAUGGACUUAAUUUCUGAUAAGUUUGUCAAUAUAAAACUGUGACUGAAUAACUAAUUAAAUAUCAUUUAUGUAGAGCUUUAACUAAAGUGCAUUUAUAGAAUCAUGUGUAGUAUUUCAUAUUUAAAUGAAAGUAAUUAACCAAACUCAACAAUAUAUGUAGGUCUACUACUGUAUAAUAUUAUGUUGUCAGGUUGCUAAGAGAUUUUAUAAGUACAAAAAUGUUAAACUGUUUACCAUUAGCAGAAAGAAGCAUUAAUAGAAUGAAACACAUUUUGUUUCAUCAUUGUAACACCAAGUUAAAAAGUUUAUCAGUAAGAUAUGAGAAAAAAAACUUAUGUAGGCCUGUGUCAAUGUUGAUUUUAAAUAGGCAGAUGGUUUCAGCAUAGUGAAUUUCAUUAGCAAUGGAAAGAAAUAUAAAUCGUUAAAGCGAUACUUAUAUUUUGAAUAUUGUUAUUGUUGUGUUAUUUUUAAGUAUGAACAUAAGACUGUUUGCUAUUGAGAUAAGGUCAGGAGUAUUGACUCCUAGGCAGUAUUUGAGUUUAUCAACUGAUGUCUCAUAGAAUUUAGCUCAGUUUAUUUAUCAUUUAUUAUAUCUGAAAAUUGUUAAAGUGUCAGCUUUACUAAUCAAAAGUAUCAAUCCCUGAGUGAUUUGUCUGUUUUAGUGACUACAAAAAAAAGAUUUUUUUUUAUUCCUGAUAAUUAGUGCAUCUAGUGUUUAGAGAAAAACUGAUUUAUUUUUUUAUCAAGUUCUUGCAUAUUAUAUACUUUUUUUUAUCUAUUUAGUUCAUAUUGAGUACUGUUAUUUUUUUCCGUCCAUGUUAAACAUGUUCUUAUUUUGCCUUUUAUGAAAUAAUGUCUGUGAUUAUUUAAGAGAUAUUUUAGUACUAUUUUUUUAUUUAACAUUCCAUUGUGUUUUGUUAUUGUUUAUUUGUUUUGUUAUUGUAAUAACCAUUCUGUGAUAUACCUUGUAUUACCUUCAGUGCAUGUAUCAACAAUAAUUUAAUCAACUUUUGUUUCUUCUCCAUUGAUGAGAAAAGCUUCUUUUGCUCAAAAGUUUUAAAAAAAAAUGGGAGCAUUUUUAAAAGAAAACAGAAAUAUAUUUUCAUCCAAUAAUAGGCAGGUGAGUUUGUUGUAGCUGUGCUACACAUUAGAUACAGGAAAUAUAUCAGCCAUGUAUGAUAAUUCCUCUGUCUGUUUGCUAACGAUAACACUAAAGCUUUAUUACAAAGAACUAUUUUUUAAGUCUUUUAUCUUUUUAAUGGGGCAGCCAAAAAUAAGUCUGAAAAUUUAAAAGAUGGGGAAAGUACUUGAUACAAGUGCCAAAGUUUUUUUUUCAUGUUUACAUUGUCUAAAUGUACCACUUGACUGUAUCAGAUCUGUUAAUUCUUUUUUUUUUUUUUUUAACAUGGAAAGAAUAUGAAAAUUGAAAUAAUGAAUUAAGUACUGUGUACUCUUAUUUCACUUCUACUUAAUUUUUUGAUAUUUUUAUUUUAUUUGUUUUGUUUUACUGCCCAUGCACUUAUUAACUCUCACAAUUGUAAAUAGUUAAAAUUUAACCUAUUACAUGUCAGAGUGUAUAGAUAUUAGAAGCCUUGGAUACAUUAGAAAUUCCUAAGAGAUUUUACAAUUUGCCUUAAUUGCUCAAUACUUAGAUUCUAUAGAAAAUAAUAAAACAAAAAAAUUGUGUUGUUAUUUUAGUGAGAAAACUAUUAAUUUCAUUGAUUGUCACCAAAAUAUAAAUAAUGUUUUAAAAGGUUUGAAAACUGCAAUACUGUUAAAAAAUAUGUCAGUUUUUUUUUCAAGUAAUCAGCUGAUCGUGUAAUAUUUCUAAAGCCACGUUUUCAUUUUUAUACAGAAAAUGUCACUUUAUCCUAUACUUGCUUAAAUUAAUUUCAGAAUUCUUUAAACACUUGUCUUAACCUGAGCAUUUUUUCUGCUAGUUUUCUCACUAUAAAUAAGGAAAUAUUUUCAUGUUUUUUCUUUAUGUGGAAUAGAGGACGCAUAAUGAUUUUGGAACAUAAUAUAUGUGGAAUUGUUUUGUGCUAUUAACCUUUUUAAGAGAGUAUCAUAUAUAGACAUAAGCUCAGGAUAAAAUAAAACUAUUUUAACAAUGA